CGACCAAUUCGAUCUCUUCGAUCUUCCUCUCCCUCUCUCUCUCUCUCGCUUCUUACAGGCUUGUUUGGAAGGAGAGUUGUAGCUUUAAGGUCUUGAGGCUGGACUUUUGGUCUGUAGAGCUGUUGUUUGCUCCAUAUAAGAUAUUGUCCUGGUUUUUAUAUCUAAAUGGACACCAGGAGGUUCAUGCAGCUGGUUGAGGAGAAAAAGAAAAGAGCUUUGGAGAAGAAAGAAGCCCCACUGAAAUGGGAGCAGAAACUAGAAGCUGCUGCUAAGGCAAAAGCUGAUGCCGAAGCCAAAGAGAAGAAGCUGAAAUCUUCAAAGCAUAAGAGAAGAUCUGCGUCAGAGUCUGAUAGCGAUAGCGACACUGACAGAAGUGAUGGGAGAAGAAGGUCAAGUAAAAGAACUCACAAGAAGCACAAGAAGCGAACUCACUCCGAUGCAAGUGACAGUGAAAUGAGGAAGGAGAAGAAAUCCAAGCGAAAGCCAAAGAAACAUUCCUCAGGCUCGAGUGAUGAUAGCAGUGAUGGGUAUGAGAGUGAUUACGAAGGAGAUAGGAAGAGGAAGAAGAGAAGCCACAAAAAGCACAGGCAUCAUGAUUCUAGAUCAGAUUCUGGUCCGGAUUCUUCCAGUGACGAUGAUAGUGAUACAGUGAAGAGAAGUCAUUCGAGGCACCACAAACGCCACCCCAGGUCAGACUCAGAAUCAUCUGGUUCUUAUAGUGAUGAGGACGAGAGAAGAAUCCGAAGGGGUCAUGCUAAGCACCACAAACGCCAAAGGCAUUUGAGAUCUGUUUCCCCUGAGUCAAGUUAUGAGGAUGGUGAGGUUAGAAGGAAAAGGCACGCAAGACACCAUAAACGUCAUAGGCGAUCACGAUCGCAUAGUGUUGAUUCAAGAUCAUCAGAUCCUGAUUCCCACAAACGCGGCAGAAGGAGCAGAUCUCUGGGAAAGUCAUCAGAUGACAACCGCGACGAGGCUGAUAAACAGUUGAAGCACAAGAGAAGUGGUCACCAUAGCCAUCAUCACCACAAGCAUCGUCACCACCACUCAAAAGAGGAAAAAGAUAACCAUCCUCGGGGUUCAGGUGAGCCCAACGGAAAGCACAUAGAAGAUGCUAGUGCAAAUGCAACCGAUAAUAACAGUUAG